AUGUUACCUUUGGUGCUCACGUUCCUCGCCCUCGGUGGCACCGCAUUCGCUGCGGACUGCAACACUGACCAAGAGCGUCAGGACUCAACUCCUAGCGGUUCCCAAAUCCAGACAGCCUUGACGUCCAAUGAUAAUCUUGACACGAUCUGCGGUGGCACUUUUUUGACCGGCAGUUCGAACCAGCUUGAAAACAGCUUCAGCCAUGGAUCUGUCCAGUUUGAGAUAAAGCGCACUGAUAGCACAGUCGCUGUGAGAUACUGUCAAGAGGCCUUCAGCAACAUUAUCGACCAAUGUGUAACUGGGGGCAAUUACUGGGGAGGUACAUGGAGCCUGAAUGGUGAAAUAUACAGCAUCUCGAACACCGUCUAUCCAGACAACCCUCUUCUUUCAACAGACGAUGGAGGACCUUCUUCGGACAGCUCGAGCACCACCUCCGCCACCUCCGCCACCUCCACCACCUCCACCGACUCCAGCGCAACAACCACAACGGCCGACACGGGUCCAAUCACACCUGGACCGCAAACAUCGACCGAAUCUGGGACCUUCUCGACCACCACCGAGAGUAUAGACGGCCUGACCUCGAACUCCGUGACGACCACGACGCUGAACGAUGGACCAACUAUCCUGCCUAUCUGGUACGUCAGCGCUGGCGUCGGGAUUUUGCUCAUCCCAGGUUCCGACGUCGUUGCUGGUGGCAUCGUGCCCCCUCCACCGGGCUAUCCGGCCAUUAUCAUCAACUCGGACGGGGACGCCGAGACAAUCAGCAGUGAUGGCUCUUCGACAACGACUACUUCUACCUCGUCGUGCUCAUCCUGCUCAAGCUGCGUCGGUCUCGAAGUGCUAACAGAUGACAUCCUCCCAGAAGUCCCCAACGACGGCGACCCAGAUCUCCCGGACGUCGACACGGCUAUCUGGGCGUCCCUUGAUGCGCUGACGACUUCGACGACAUCCUCAUCUACGCAGACUACAGUGGCGGACACCCCUACCCAGACGGCGUCGCCAAUCGACGAUCCCGGCUGCCAGGACGCAGACGCAGACGUCCAAAAAGACUUCAGCAAUAUGUUCAGUUCCACAAUCCGCACACCGGACGGCAAGGACAACUCCAUCGACGACUUGUUGUAUCGCCUUCGCGAAGUUGUGUGUGAUGGUUCUUGCACAGCGCCGGACGGCAUCGAUUCGAAGUACGUCGGCAUCUACAAUAACGGCCAGGAAUGCGAAGUGGCUAUUGGCGUGACCAACGAGAUUGAAGUCUACUUCUACCGCUCGAUAUGGCCCACCAGCGGCGCCAGCGACUACAACACCCUUUGGCAGGAAUGCUGGGAUAGCACGAGCAGCAUCAUCACCAAGUGUGUGAACAACAAGCCGAAGCACGGCUGGUGGAACGGCGAUCAUGUCUAUCAAUACUACGAGGGCGGCGUGCGAGCUCUGUACGACCAGAAUGAGAAACACUCCCCCAUCGGGAGUUUCCUGGAGCCCCCAACCGAGGGUUUGAGCUGUGAUACGGACUGUUGCGGUGCGGUGCCCAACCCAGACUGGUGCAACGCCAACUGCGGUGGCACCACCUGUAAAAGGGGUGAUCGUUACUCCUCUCCCGUCAAAGCUACGAAGACCCCUCCCGUCAAGGCUACGACGCUCGAGAGACGCGCCAAGGAAGUGGUCACGGAGGUUGGAGGCUGCCCUAUCUCUUACACGCUGCCGAAUUACCCAGCGGCUGCUUCUGCAGCAAAAAGCGCUGCUGUUCAGAAAUGGUACGACGAAGACAAGUCGGUCAGCUGUGACAACCCUACCCUCAGUCAUUUUACAUCGCCUCCGUCGGGCAGCAAGUGGAAUACUGAGCACGUCUGGGAGAAGCACAUGGUCAAACGUUUCUUCUAUUAUCUUCUCAGCGGCCAGCAGGCCUUCGACAACGAAGAUGGCAAUGACAGGGCAGUCGCCAGCUGUGACCGUGUCCAAGCAGCCUUCAACACGGUGGGAGGGCAAGGCUCCCAGUUCCAGUAUCAGACAGCUGCCCAGCAACUCGGAGCUGCCAUCUCAUGUAGUGGGAGAUCUCCAUGUCCAGCCUCGGACGGCAGCCGUCUCAGCGAGUUCUUUCUGCUUCGGGACAAGAUCAACAAGAUUAAGAACCAAAUCUUGACUGGAUACUACGACGACGAAACGUUUGCCAACGAGAACAGCGACAAGCUGCCCAGUUGCAGCGCCGCGAAGAAAUCUGACGAACAGCAGCAGAUGAUGAUUGCCGCCUCGUUGGCCUUCCAGUACAUGCAGCGGGAGGAGGUCUUCGAUGCCUUCAAUGUAGUGAACGAGCGUAUGAAAGCCAUCGUGCAAGCACUAGAUGCAGACAGGCUCGGCAUCCAGUACCCCCCGCAGAGGAUCAUGGACUACGCGAACGAUGCCAAGCUCAACGGGUGGACGACGACCUACACCGAGUUCAUGAACCACUUCCUCGCUGAUUCGGAGCGCAAGAUGCAGAAGUGGAUGUACGACUGCCGCCAGACGUACACGGACACCGUCAAUGGGAACGCCACGUUGCAGCAGAGCGACAAGGACGCGAAGCUGGCGAUAUUGAAUAACGCCGUCUAUCAACAGUCCGCCAUGAGCCUUGGAAGCCGCUACAACGGCAUCAGAGACCCGGUUGACGGGUCUGGUGGCACCUUCUAA